CGAGGUGCCGCCCGCACAUUCCCCCACAUUCCCACACUCGCUGACAAAAGGCAGACUCCUUCUUCAGAUUCAGAGUGAAGCCGCGAGCCGACGAGUGUGGAUUUACAGGGCACGCACGCAGAUUCCACGCCGCACGAGAGUCCGGCCACAGACCAUCAAGAGACCACAUCCACUCGCGGAUCGGAGGUCGCUUCGAGUGCAGACGUCCAGAAGGACAUUGGACACCCCACGGUGACUGCUGUCAUCGCUUAAUUCGCCUCAUUUUCUUCAUCCGGGUAGGAUGCUGAAGCACGUGCACAUCAGUCCGUGCAGGUCGAGGGCCGACUCGAUGAGUCUGUGCUCGAGCACCAGCCACUCGAGCCUGGGCGGUUCGCCGCCGGAAGCUUUGAGUUCGCGCUCCUCCAGCUACAGCUCCCUCAACGAGGCCAUUCCAAACACGGCAGCAAUCAAGGUGUACGCCCGCUGCUUGCGGCCUGAUAUCGAGUACAAAACUCUGUCCAUCACGUUCUCCACCACCAGCUACGAAGUGAUCCAAGCGCUGCUCGCAAAAUUCCGCAUGCGCCACAAGGACCCAAAACUCUUCUAUCUCACCAUGGAGGUUGCCGUUCGCAGAGCAGGAAUUCGAUCCACUCUGGUUUUGGACGAUGACGCUCGUCCAGCAGAACUUCAGUCAUGUCAUCCCAAAGGAGACUCUAGAUUUGCCCUUCAAGCAAGGCAGGGUGGUCUGGUCAAAAUCUAUGAUGGCGUCUUGAUGACAGGGUCUCAGUACAAAAGCCUGCACAUUUCUGAGAAAACCACUGUUGAUGAUCUGGUCCAAAUCCUGCUGAACUGCUACAACAGCAAGGAACGCAAAGAGCUAUUCUCAAUUUACGUCGUGCGUCCGUCAGAAGAAUUCCAGCGCAAACUCCACCACGAGGACCUUCCGCUGCAGGUGCAGCAGUCGUGGGGCUCCAACUCGGACGCUCACUUCCGCUUGCACAGAAAUCCCGAUCGCCACCGGCCAAGACGGAAACUCGGGCUGCAAGAGCAAUGGUGCAGUGAUCUUGGCCUGCCGUCACCCACAACGCAGCCGCACCUGCUGCGCACCUUCGAGCAUCAGUUGCCCCCUGCCCUGCCCAGAAGGGAUCCUUCCGGUCUCCUGAGGCAGCAGCAGCCCAUCCGGGCACACAUAUCAAACGUCCCCAUCAGACACUACGUGCAAACCACCACCAACAUAAUCAACAGCUCCCUCUUCAACAAUAACAACUACAAAAGCAGGUCAUCCAGGUCGUCGGCCAUCCUCGAAGAGACCAUUCCCCACUUCCAAGCCUUGCAAAUUGCCAAACCGGUGCAUUCGUACAAGGAAUACGAGAAUUACCUUUUUAUUUGAACUUUUGAGAAUGUGAGUUCAGGAAAAGUCAAGAAUAGGAUAUAAGUGAAAUUUCAUAUUAUAUUGUCGGAGUUUAUAAGGAAUCUCAAGUCACACUUAUCAAGAAAUACAUAUUAUAUCAGUGCAAACCUAUAACUUAAUUGUGUACGGCAUCGCCUCUAGUCCGAGCUUUUGAUUUGGAGCCAAAGAAAGGCUUUUUUGCUUGAAGCCAGGUGCUGAUUUGAAAAUGACCACAAAAUCUUAUCUUGAUUUAAUCAGACUAUUCAAGUUUUUUUUCUGCUGAAGAAGAAAGCAACCUUCAGCUAUAUGCUAUAGGGUAUUUUCAAAAUGUUUUUUUUUUCACUCCUUGUCAUUUCCAGAAUGAACUGCAUUUUUUUAGGAAAGGUCUGUUUCCUAUCCAGUAUUAAGAUUUUUGUUUAGAUCUUGAUAAAAAUAUUUAGAAACGCAGAACAAAUAAUUAUAAAUUAUAAUAGUUUGCAUGGGUUUUCUAUUAUAUUUUGUUACAAUAGCUUUACUCUCCAGCGCAGCCAAGAUUUGUGCUUCAAAGUCGCAUUUUUAUUUUAGUACCUUCACAUAUAUAACAAUCAUGCACUUCUUCAUUCUAGCAUUUUCAUCAUUCACUUACAUGUUUGUGAAACCAAAGAGCAAUGCAACAAGAAUUGUUUCAAAUCACUGUAAUAAGAAGCGUCAUUUUUGAUGUAAUGUUUUCUAGUGAGAAGUAAGUUAGAAAAAGUGUUGUAAAAUUUCUAGAGAUUGAAAUAAAAAUAAAAUAAGGAAAGAGAAA